UUGCAUCGGAGAGGAACACUUUUUGCAUUGAUUAAAUCCGUUUAAAUAAUUCAGUCGGGGUUAACCGGUCGCCCGGAGAAGAGGUUGAAGUGCACCUGACAGUAUUUUGAAACAAAGUUUCGUGGCUACAGUUAAACCCAAUUUUAGUACCACCUACUUUCUAUUUACUUUUUAAUAUUUUUUUGGUAGUGAAACAAAAUUAUUCUUAACUAAAAAAAAUUAGUUUGUUGUUGUCAACGUUAAAAUUCGAACGAGCGAUAGUGAUUUUAAAAAUAACUCCAUAUCAAGUGUUCAUCGGUCAACCUUCACUGGCGGUUCAAAACGGGAGAGAAGAUGAAUGAAUUCAAUACAAUAAACAGGCCAUCCCAGCAAACGGCACUGCUGAACAACGUGAACUACUUCCCAGAACUGCCCAAAUCCGGUCCGCUCACGCACUACCGCCAGAAAAGUUCAGUAGAUUGGCGUAAGUUGCGACUAGCACUGCAUGAUGCCGAUUCAUUGGAGUUGCAGCACCAAACAUGGAGCUUUCUCAAAGGCCAUCCUGUCUUCGCUCAUCCAGAUCGAACGCUCACGAUGGACGAAAGUCGUCACUUGGCCGUGAAGCGAAUGCAUGUCAUCAGGGAGGCGAACCUUUUCGGCAUCGAGAGAUUCAUCGAGAGACCUGACCUGAUGGGAUUCUUCCACAACAUGCUGAUGGCUUUCGAUGCAAGUUUUGCCAUGAAAUUCUCACUGGGAUACGGUAUGUUCCCUUCAGUUAUCCAAACACUCGAUGUAGGUCGGCUUUCACACUUGGUGGACGCAAACCAAAGGGGAGAAUUUCUAGGGGCAUUUGCACUUACGGAGUUUUCCCACGGAACCAAUGCCAAAGGAAUGCGCACUACAGCGACGUACGACGUAAAGAGCAGAGAAUACGUCUUAAAUACUCCGGAUUUUGAAGCUGCCAAAUGUUGGAUCGGUAAUUUGGGAAAGACCUGUUCGUAUGCUAUAUGUUACGCCCAGCUUUACACUGGUGAUGGUAAACAUCAUGGGUUAAACGCAUUUGUGGUUCCCAUCAGAGAUCCGAAGACACUGAAAGCGUACCCUGGUGUUAUCGUAGGCGACAUGGGUGAAAAGUCGGGAGUUCACGGUAUGGACAAUGGUUUUGUAAUGUUCAAAAACUAUCGUAUUCCACGGGAUAACUUGCUGGCUAAAACUGGCGACGUUAACGAAGAAGGAGUUUUUGUUUCGCCAUAUAAAGACCCAAGUAAAAGAUUUGGUGCUUCACUGGGUGCUCUAUCUGGUGGACGAGUUAAUAUUUGCGGUAUUGCCAACGCUUAUUUGACCAAAGCCAUAACGAUUGCUGUUCGAUAUUCUGCCAGCAGGAAGCAGUUCGGUCCAUCGGAUGACUCAGAAGAGUUACCGGUGUUGGAAUAUCAAUCACAGCAGUUCAGAUUGUUUCCGCACCUUGCAAAUGCCUUCACGAUCACCAUUUUCAACAGAUGGUUUGCGAAGGUAUACGGCGAUGUGAUACUGAAAACUUUGAUGGGAGAAAAAACCGGAAACGUUGGAAUGGAAAUACAUGGCCUAUCGUCAGCUGCCAAGCCUGUGUGUGCGUGGGCUGCCCGGGAUGGAAUUCAGGAAAGCCGCGAAGCUUGUGGUGGACACGGAUUUUUGAAACUUUCGACACUCGGCGAUAUACGAGGCGAUAACGAUCCCAACUGUACCUAUGAAGGAGAAAACAAUGUCUUGAUCCAACAGGCAUCCAAUUGGUUACUCAGCAUGAGAGCCCGAGGAUAUGAAAGCUUUGAGAGUGAUUCACCUCUAGGAUCGGCAGCUUUUCUCAAGCACACUACGCUGCUACUGAAAGCGAGGGCAAACUGGAAGACCCCAUGUGAUGCAACGCAAAUUGAUGCUUUACUGAACGCGCUCGAAUGGUUGGUGGCCUAUUUGCUGGAAGAAACACAUGCAAAAUUCGUCCAACUUAAAAAGGAGGGGAAAUCAUCAUUUGAGGCACGAAAUGAUUCCCAAUCGUUCUAUGCUAGAACGUUGUCCAUCGCCUAUGGAGAGAGAAUGUUACUGGCUGUAGCAGGCAAGUUUUUGCGAAACUUGGAAGAGGGUCCGGAAAAAAUUGCUAUUGGUCGCUUGGUGUCUUUCUACGGAACCAAUGUCGUUUUGAAGCACAUUGGAUGUUUCUAUCAGGGUGGAUACUUUGGAAAUAUUCCCAAUGCUCUAGGCCUGUUGCAACAAUCGCAGCUGAACUUGUUGUCGCUGAUCAAACAAGACGCCAUGGCGAUAAUAGAUGCGAUUGCACCACCUGAUUUCGUUCUUAAUUCUCCGCUAGGAAUGAGUGACGGCGAGGUUUAUAAACACAUGGAAACUGCUAUUUUACAGGCUCCGGAGGCCCUCCAGAGACCCAGCUGGUGGCGCGACAUGGUAUUCACGGACUAUGUCAAAGCUAAGCUGUAGAUUGCUUGCUCGAAGAGCGUUGGUGUAGGAUUACAAAAUACAGGUCAAAACUGUGAAGGUGAUUAAGAAAUUCUAUUAACGUAUGUGAUAUGAGGUGUAAUGGUAAAUAAAAAGCUAUACUUUGA